AGAGGCCUUCCGGUUCCUCUCCAGCAGAUCAGCUGACUCUGAUGCUGCUGUCAGGAGACCUCACGAUCAACUCUGAAUGGCAGCUAUGAAAAUUAUCAAGCCGUAAAACAUUAAAGACACACAUUUCGACACGUAACGCCCACGCCUUUGAUAUACGGGAAGUUUCUAGCUGCUCCACUUCUGCAAACAUGACAGAGUUUUGGCUGAUUUCCGCCCCGGGGGAGAAGACCUGCCAGCAGACGUGGGACAAAAUGAUGGCAGCCACCACACGGACCAACAACCUCUCCGUCAACCACAAGUUCAGCAUCCCAGAUCUGAAGGUUGGAACUCUUGAUGUCCUGGUUGGGCUUUCAGACGAGUUGGCCAAAUUAGAUUCCUUCGUUGAAAGUGUGGUGAAGAAGGUGGCUCAGUACAUGGCCGAUGUGCUGGAGGACAGCAGAGACAAAGUGCAGGAGAACCUGCUGGCCAACGGAGUUGAUCUUAUCACCUACAUCACAAGAUUUCAAUGGGACAUGGCCAAAUAUCCAAUCAAACAGUCACUCAAAAACAUCUCUGAAAUUAUCUCUAAGCAAGUCACCCAGAUUGACAACGAUUUGAAGGCCAGAGCUUCAGCCUAUAACAACCUGAAAGGAAACCUGCAGAACUUGGAGCGGAAGAACGCGGGGAGCCUGCUGACCAGGAGCCUGGCCGACAUAGUCAAGAAGGAGAACUUUGUUCUGGACUCGGAGUACCUGAUCACUCUGCUGGUGGUGGUCCCGAAGACGUCGUACUCAGACUGGCAGAAAACGUAUGAAACUCUGGCUGAGAUGGUGGUGCCUCGAUCCUCAAAUUUGCUGUAUGAGGACAAUGACAGCGGGCUCUUCAGUGUCACUCUCUUCAGGAAAGCCAUCGAUGACUUCAAACACAAAGCCAGGGAGAACAAGUUCACAGUGAGAGACUUUCAGUACAACGAGGAGGAGAUGAAGGCAGACAAGGAGGAGAUGACGCGGCUCUCCACCGACAAGAAGAAGCAGUUUGGUCCCCUCGUUCGGUGGCUCAAAGUGAACUUCAGUGAAGCCUUCAUUGCGUGGAUUCACAUCAAAGCAUUGCGGGUGUUUGUGGAAUCGGUUCUGAGAUACGGACUGCCGGUGAACUUCCAGGCGAUGCUCCUGCAGCCAAACAAGAAGACGAUGAAGAAGCUGAGGGAGGUGCUGAACGACCUGUACAAACACCUGGACAGCAGCGCAGCAGCGAUCAUGGAUACUGCCAUGGACAUCCCAGGCCUGAACCUGAGCCAGCAGGAGUAUUAUCCCUACGUCUACUACAAGAUCGACUGCAACCUGCUGGAUUUCAAAGUGUAAACUCUGGCUGACCGUGGCGUUUUUCCCUCCUCCCCUCCUGCUUCUGUGGCGUCCAUCAGCCCUUUCCUCACCCAACCGCUGCAUGUUCAUUCCUCGUGGUGAAAAGGCUCAUCAUCAAGCUUCCACCACUUUUCCAACCAAACAUCACUGAAAUGUUUUUGUUUACAGUCUUUGCUCUUUUGAUGUGAAAUGAAACAAAAGAAUCAUAAUAAUGAGAUGUAUAUUUGCUGUCAUUCUGCGUGUGUGUUCAUAGCUUUGCUUGUGUUGCUGUUGACAUGAUGGGAUACUGGUGCUCAGAGAACAUGCUUCUGGGAGCACUGGGGACCACCGCCUGUGUUGUAAAGCAGAGGAUCUUGUUUGAGUGUUCGUUCUGUGUAUUUGCUGUUCAACAGAUCUAUAUGUGAAUACUGUGUAAAACCCCUAAAUGAAUAAAUAUGAUUUAAAUAAAGACGAA